AGAGUCCUCAGCCUAUGCAAUCUAUUCAGCAGCAUACCGUCACGACAGCGCCUUACACGUUCACUCCAAAUGUGGUACAACAAGGCCACAUCGAAAUUGUCGAUGCAACUGAAAUCCCUGUUACUUCAGAAUCCUUUAUAGACAGUGUCAGUGAAUCAGUGGACUCACGUAACCAAAUGGUCUACCCUGUUUCAGUUGUCUCCGAUGCGACAGCAUCACAGCACCAAGAGUAUAUCGAUGAAAGCACUGGCAUUCUCUAUAACCGGACGCAGCCCGGUAUGUUACCUGAAGACGAUGCACAGAAUGAAUUGAGUAUGGACCCCAUUGACCUAGAGGAAGUCCAGAAAAUUCAAGCUCGUAUGCCCGCCGCCGAUCCCAACGCUCCCGUUGGCUCUAAUAAAAAUCCUAUUCGGAUUAUACAGCAGGGAAACCAAUAUAUUACAACUCAGGACGUGUCGGAUGAACACCUACAGCAAAUUAUCCAGGUUCUUACUAACCAGGCACUUAUUUCCAGCAGUGGCUCUCGGCCAAACGCGAUAUAUAACCGUCUAACGAACCGGCGCAUUAUUUUUCGUGUCACUCGUGCUAAAAGACGACACGAUGUCCCUGGCCGUCGCGUCUCGUCCGGUCCGUACCGAGCAAAGUCGACUCCUAUGAGGGGAAGGGGUCGGGGUCGUGGUAGAGGAACUCCUGGUCGCAAACGACGCAAGCGGGACUCCGAUGAAGACGACCCCGACUUUGAGCCGGAAGUUCCGGAGGAGGAAAUUUUACCCUUUCCGCUAGCGCGCAGGACGUCUACUUCCGGUCGCAUUUCGAAGCCGCCUAGACACUUGGUUAAGGACUACAAGCAUCUUAGGUUGGAAGAUCUCACAACGAAACCUGAGUCAAGCGAUGGUGACGAACAUUCUGACGGGGGUUACUCUGACUACAUCAACGAUGGACUGUCCGAAGACGCUUGGUCGGAAGAGGGUGGGACUAAAGCUCCUCUAUACCCCUGUCCUAUGUGCGACAGAGUGUUCAAUUCCCGCGCCGGUGUGGCAAGGCACCGAAGUGCUAGGCACGGACCAAACGAUGGCAGGCCAAGGUUUAGACAAGUGAACCCCUAUGUUGCGAGUAUGAAACGUCGGGCAAAGCUUAAGGAGGCUGUUGCUGCUGCCACAGAUGAGGAGUUAAUCGAAUUCGCUGCACCUCGGUUGUCGAAACUGCUGAAUCCAUGGGAUCAUCUCCUGUUACGUAGCGAAGAUGGCGACCCGCCUCUGCCUCAGGUGCCUCGGAUCAUCUUGGAUUACUUAAGUCUGGUGGAACGAACGCGCUCAUUUUUGAAUGAUCACCUUCAACUUCGCUGUCCCGCUCGUCCAAAAGAUGAUGACAGUUGGAUACAAAAAGAUUCUGCAGACGAGUCAAAUACAGAAAAAGAUGAUGCCACUGCUGAUUUACCGCAGGAAAUCGACUUAACCCCUACCGUCGAUGCUCCUCCAGAAGCAACCGAUCAGCGAUCGGAGGCUGCUGUGGAACACAACACUUCGGAUAUUACUGAUGAGCACUUUGAAGAGUACAGUCGCAACGGAACAACAGUUGAGAAGUUUGCUCCAUCUGAAGUUUUGCAGGAAGUCGAAGAUGAUGCUGAUGAUGGAAACAUUAUCAUCAAGAUUGAAACACCGGAUCAGUCUGCUGCCCUAGGUCUUCCUUGCGGAAAGUAUACUGUAACCAAUGAGUUACGUGAGGAAUAUCUGCCUCGCCGAUUCCGCUCAAUACUAGCCGCACAACAAGCGGCAGCCUCUGUUCCGAUUGAUGAUGACUACUUGGUCUCUCAGAAACGUGCCGUAGUCGCGGUGGAUACUGCCGACGAUGAUGCGGUGGACGCUACCUUACGUACGGAUUCCGAACCACUUGACAAUGAAGCACUGAACACCACGGCAGAUCUGCAGUCUCAGCAGUUAGUAACUCUUGGAGGUGAGCUGCUUCUCGUGCCGGAAGGCGGUUUGGGCGGCCCGGUGCCCGAGGAAUGGUUGGCGAGUGGUGCUUUCCUUUCCGUACUUACGGAGACUGGUGAAACAAGUGAUUUGGUGAUGGAGGCAGCUACCGGUCGCCUUUUCCACCGACCCACUGGUCAUUUGGUCAGUUUGGCUGACUCUUCGAACGUUCCUACUUCGCAACCUGACACUGUCUACGAAGAACCAGGAGCUGUACCGGACUUUGUUGCCUAUGAAGACGAGGAAACUACCAUUCAGCAAUCAGAGGACCAGUCUGAGACCGCUAGAGAAAAGUCACCGACCACCAACGGCUCAUCGAGUCCCAGCAAACCGAGGUCACGGGCUAAGCAGCAGCACCCACCACCCUCGCCACCGGAGCAGCUGGACGAGGCGGAUGCCCAGCGCGAGGAACUGCUUCAACGAAUUGCGCAGAGUGGGGAGGUCAUUGAUUUAAACACUUUAUUUCCCGGGGUUUCAGUCACAGAAGUUUCUCCUGGUGUGUGUCUGGUUACCAAACCGAACGGAGACCGAUUCAACGUUGAGCAUGGCGGUGACGGCAUUACCUUGGAAACACUUCAGACCAUUCUUCAAAUGGACUCCGAGUCUCUGAAUGCGUAAAUUGGACUUGACAAUUUGCCAUCUACCAAGUUGCUGUUGCACAUAUGUGUGCAAUCACCACUCGUAUUUUCUAAAUUUUCUUCCUAUUUCACGCCAUAACUUCUCACUGUAAAUAACGCCGCACGAUUCAGUGUAGCUGUGUUCCCUGGCAUUAUACUAGCUUUUGUGCGCAGGGUUUUCUUGUACUUUUUGAUCCGUUUCGUUCGCUCUAUUUUCUUUAUCAUUCUCGCUUCUUGUACAAAAGAUUUCAUACACUGCAACGCUACCACUAUAAUGACUGCAGGAUUGGUUACAAACCAUCGACCGCCCAGCUGUACACUACUUUUCUGUCGUGCACAUCCAUGGAUGUUUUUCUUCGAUUUUUCGCCCCCGGAAUUUCAUGUUUUGUAGCUACUGUAUGGAACUCCACAUGCAUCUGAAACUAUCCUAUCCGCAAUGUUUCUCUACGAAACACUCAUGCUUUUGCUAACCACUCGAUUGUUUCUAUUCAUGCUUCUCAAUUCACAACAUUGGUCUCUGCGCUCC